UGAAAUCGUGAAAGAGGGAUCUCCCGAGUCUUUCCUGGCGAUUCGAAUCAGUGUUGAGCGAGCUGUUAUUCCGGAUAGUUGUCAAGUUAGGAAAAUAAGUGUUACUGGAGAGUGACUAGAGGCUAUUAUUAGUAACUGUUUGUCAAACAAUCGAAAAGAGAUCAUCGAAGAGGUUCGAGAAGAGUUAUGAAGCUACCAGGAUCGGUGCUUGUAUGCACCGCAUUACUGGUUACAGUUUGGGCUGAAAAAAGCGUCAAGUUCAGCGAUGAGCCGUUUAUCUGCCCGGAGGGUCAGGGAAAUGGUAAUUUCGCCGAUCCGGCGACCUGCAAAAGAUUUUAUCAGUGCGUAGAUUCGUUUCCGUACCUGAACAGGUGUCCCUCCGGGCUACACUUCGACGAUAUCAGCAAAUUCUGCACAUUUAAAAAUGAAGCAAGAUGCGGUCCAAUUCCCGUUACUCCUGCACCAAUAACGGAAACGCCUAUAGAUCUAGCGUUAAAAUGCGACACCGCGAAUUGUGAAUUACCGUAUUGUUUCUGUUCCCGCGAUGGAACGAUCAUUCCUGGGGGUAUAGAACGUGAAGAGACACCACAAAUGAUUUUAAUGACUUUCGAUGGUGCCAUAAACCACAAUAACUUUGAUCACUAUCAAAAGAUAUUUGCGGAGGACAGAGUGAAUCCUAAUAACUGCCCGAUAAAGGGGACGUUCUUCAUUUCACACGAAUACUGCAAUUAUAACAUGGUCCAAGGCCUGGCGCAUGACGGUCACGAAAUUGGUGUUGAAACCAUAUCUCUUCAGAAAGGUUUGGAGGACAAAGGGUACGAAGAAUGGGUCGGUGAGAUGAUUGGUAUGCGAGAGAUUUUGAAACAUUUCAGUAACGUUACAUCGAGCGAAAUGGUUGGUAUGCGUGCACCAUAUCUAAAGCCAGGUCGUAACACGCAGUACAAAGUCAUCGAAGACUUUGGGUUCAUAUACGAUAGCAGCAUUGGUAUUUCACCGUCAAAAAUACCAAUCUGGCCGUAUACUCUUGACUACAAAAUUCCACAUGAAUGUAAAGCUGGAACUUGUCCUACUAAAACGUUCCCAGGUGUUUGGGAAUUGCCUCUUAAUGCUCACUACGUAGAAAGCUACGAAGGUGGACAUUGUCCGUACUUGGAUCAAUGCGUCUUGCACAACCAUGAUCCUGAUGAUGUUUUCGAGUGGCUGCAAGAGGAUUUCAAUCGUUAUUAUGAACAAAAUCGGGCGCCUUACAUGAUGCCGUUCCACACGAAUUGGUUCCAAAUCAAAGAAUUGGAACGAGGUCUUCAUAAGUUUGUCGACUGGGCACUCACAUUGCCUGACGUAUACUUUGUGACAGGCACACAAGUCUUAAAUUGGAUGACUGAUCCUACGCCAUUGAAAAAUUUGAACACAUUUGAAGGAUGGGGAUGUAAGAAGCGGGAUAAUGUUCCGGAGCCAAUGUGCAAUAAUGCUAAUAAAUGUGCACUUGAUUUCAAGCCCGCAGAAGCCAAUUUUACCUCAACUAGGUAUCUAGAAACAUGUAGAGAAUGCCCAAAUAAGUAUCCAUGGUUAGGCGACGCUAAGGGCACUGGAUUAUUCAAUGACAACUACAAUCCAGAAAGAAAAUAGUAUUCCUUUGCACCCGAUUUCCGAUUGUAAGCUGGGAGGAGGAAAUACAUAACGGUUAUGUGACGCAACAAUGAAAUAGUUUAAGAUGAUUUAAGAAUAUCUAUUACUAUUUCACACUGCAUAGUGCUCAAAAAUUUGAAUGUCUGUUUCCAACAAUCAGCAUACAAAUAUUUAAUAAUAAAUACGUACGUUAAUA